AUGGCGGGUUCAAGCGACGACCACCAUCACCGAAAGCGGCACAUGGAGUUCCCUUCUCCUGUCCCCUGUCCCCUCCCCCAAUCCCCGAUCCCCAUUUGUUGUCCCCAUCCCCGAUUUCCAUCCGCCAUCCCCGAUUUACAUCCUCGUUCUCCCUCCCCUUUUCCCCCCACCCACCACCCCCCCCUUUCACCGCUCACCUUUCCCCCGCUCCCCGUGUUCCCGUUUCUUCCCUCCCCCCCAAUACCCUACCCCUUCUCGUCCCCACCCAUCCUCCCGCAUGUCCUUUGCCCCGGGAAUCCCCCUCUUCCCUUUCCCUCUACGAUCCCCGCUCCCCCUUCCCCCUCCCCUUCCCCCUCCCCCCCCCCCACCUCCUCCCCCUCCCACGUCCUCUCCCGGCCGUCACGCGGCCAAACGCCCUUGCUCCUCGCUCCGGCAUGGAAUAACAUUCCUCCCUCCUUCACCUAUCUCCGCCCCUACUUCCCAUUCACCUAUCUCCGCCCCUACUUCCCAUUCACCUAUCUCCGCCCCUACUUCCCAUUCACCUAUCUCCGCCCCUACUUCCCAUUCACCUAUCUCCGCCCCUACUUCCCAUUCACCUAUCUCCGCCCCUACUUCCCAUUCACCUAUCUCCGCCCCUACUUCCCAUUCACCUAUCUCCGCCCCUACUUCCCAUUCACCUAUCUCCGCCCCUACUUCCCAUUCACCUAUCUCCGCCCCUACUUCCCAUUCACCUCUCGUCCCUCUCCCUCUUCCCCGCUUCCUCUCUCUCUCUCUCCCUCCCAACAAGGGGCAAGCAGGGGGCAUUGGAGCCCCAUUCACACAGUGUUCUAUCUACUGGUGCAUGAGAGCUGGGCCGGAGGAGUGAUUGGCAAGCAGGAGGGGGCAUUGGAGGAGACCCACUGCCUGCCUGCAUCCUCACCCGAUCCCAUGUCUCUUCCCCCUUAUCGCUCCCGUCUCCUCCUCUCUCCAGUGGUAUUUCGUCUGCUGGUGCAUGAGAGCCGGGCCGGCGGGGUGAUCGGGAAGCAGGGGAGCAAGAUCAAGCAGAUGCGGGAGAGCACAGGGGCAAGGAUUCGAAUGUGCUCCGUGCCGCCUACCAUUCCAUCAGAGGAGCGCCUGCUAGUCAUCUCCUCACCGCCCUCCUCCUCAUCAGACCCCUCACCAGCAGAGACAGCUCUCUUUGCCAUGUUCCCUGCCGCUCUGCUGCCCCAGGACGGUCCUCACCCCAACCAGAACCGCCAGCAGCAGCAGAGGGCGGACGAGUCGAGCCGAUCCGUCCUGAACCUACUAGUGCCAGCGUCGCAAUCGGGCGCUCUGAUUGGCAAGGGAGGCCGCGUGAUCAAAGACAUUCGCGAGUCCAGUGGGGCGUUUGUGCGCAUCACUGAGGGGCCUGCCUCGCCGUUUGCACUACCAGCAGAUCGACUCGUGCAGGUGGGUAGGCUGGAGCUGGGUGAGGGGUGGGGCGUGAUGCGCGUCACUUUUGAGUGGGGCAUGAUGCUCGUCACUUUUGAGUGGGGCGUGAUGCGCGUCACUUUUGAGUGGGGCGUGAUGCGCGUCACUUUUGAGUGGGGCGUGAUGCGCGUCACUUUUGAGUGGGGCGUGAUGCGCGUCACUUUUGAGUGGGGCGUGAUGCGCGUCACUUUUGAGUGGGGCGUGAUGCGCGUCACUUUUGAGUGGGGCGUGAUGCGCGUCACUUUUGAGUGGGGCGUGAUGCGCGUCACUUUUGAGUGGGGCGUGAUGCGCUGGGGCGUGAUGCGCGUCACUUUUGAGUGGGGCAUGAUGCUCGUCACUUUUGAGUGGGGCGUGAUGCGCGUCACUUUUGAGUGGGGCGUGAUGCGCGUCACUUUUGAGUGGGGCGUGAUGCGCGUCACUUUUGAGUGGGGCAUGAUGCUCGUCACUUUUGAGUGGGGCGUGAUGCGCGUCACUUUUGAGUGGGGCGUGAUGCGCGUCACUUUUGAGUGGGGCGUGAUGCGCGUCACUUUUGAGUGGGGCGUGAUGCGCGUCACUUUUGAGUGGGGCGUGAUGCGCGUCACUUUUGAGUGGGGCGUGAUGCGCGUCACUUUUGAGUGGGGCGUGAUGCGCGUCACUUUUGAGUGGGGCGUGAUGCGCGUCACUUUUGAGUGGGGCGUGAUGCGCUGGGGCGUGAUGCGCGUCACUUUUGAGUGGGGCAUGAUGCUCGUCACUUUUGAGUGGGGCGUGAUGCGCGUCACUUUUGAGUGGGGCGUGAUGCGCGUCACUUUUGAGUGGGGCGUGAUGCGCGUCACUUUUGAGUGGGGCAUGAUGCUCGUCACUUUUGAGUGGGGCGUGAUGCGCGUCACUUUUGAGUGGGGCGUGAUGCGCGUCACUUUUGAGUGGGGCGUGAUGCGCGUCACUUUUGAGUGGGGCGUGAUGCGCGUCACUUUUGAGUGGGGCGUGAUGCGCGUCACUUUUGAGUGGGGCGUGAUGCGCGUCACUUUUGAGUGGGGCGUGAUGCGCGUCACUUUUGAGUGGGGCGUGAUGCGCGUCACUUUUGAGUGGGGCGUGAUGCGCUGGGGCGUGAUGCGCGUCACUUUUGAGUGGGGCGUGAUGCGCGUCACUUUUGAGUGGGGCGUGAUGCGCGUCACUUUUGAGUGGGGCGUGAUGCGCGUCACUUUUGAGUGGGGCGUGAUGCGCGUCACUUUUGAGUGGGGCGUGAUGCGCUGGGGCGUGAUGCGCGUCACUUUUGAGUGGGGCAUGAUGCUCGUCACUUUUGAGUGGGGCGUGAUGCGCGUCACUUUUGAGUGGGGCGUGAUGCGCGUCACUUUUGAGUGGGGCGUGAUGCGCGUCACUUUUGAGUGGGGCAUGAUGCUCGUCACUUUUGAGUGGGGCGUGAUGCGCGUCACUUUUGAGUGGGGCGUGAUGCGCGUCACUUUUGAGUGGGGCGUGAUGCGCGUCACUUUUGAGUGGGGCGUGAUGCGCGUCACUUUUGAGUGGGGCGUGAUGCGCGUCACUUUUGAGUGGGGCGUGAUGCGCGUCACUUUUGAGUGGGGCGUGAUGCGCGUCACUUUUGAGUGGGGCGUGAUGCGCGUCACUUUUGAGUGGGGCGUGAUGCGCUGGGGCGUGAUGCGCGUCACUUUUGAGUGGGGCAUGAUGCUCGUCACUUUUGAGUGGGGCGUGAUGCGCGUCACUUUUGAGUGGGGCGUGAUGCGCGUCACUUUUGAGUGGGGCGUGAUGCGCGUCACUUUUGAGUGGGGCGUGAUGCGCGUCACUUUUGAGUGGGGCGUGAUGCGCGUCACUUUUGAGUGGGGCGUGAUGCGCGUCACUUUUGAGUGGGGCGUGAUGCGCGUCACUUUUGAGUGGGGCGUGGUGCGCGUCACUUUUGAGUGGGGCGUGAUGCGCGUCACUUUUGAGUGGGGCGUGGUGCGCGUCACUUUUGAGUGGGGCAUGAUGCUCUGGGGCGUGAUGCGCGACACUUUUGAGUGGGGCGUGAUGCGCGUCACUUUUGAGUGGGGCAUGAUGCUCGUCACUUUUGAGUGGGGCGUGAUGCGCGUCACUUUUGAGUGGGGCGUGAUGCGCGUCACUUUUGAGUGGGGCGUGAUGCGUGUCACUUUUGAGUGGGGCGUGAUGCGCGUCACUUUUGAGUGGGGCGUGGUGCGCGUCACUUUUGAGUGGGGCGUGAUGCGCGUCACUUUUGAGUGGGGCGUGGUGCGCGUCACUUUUGAGUGGGGCAUGAUGCUCGUCACUUUUGAGUGGGGCGUGAUGCGCGACACUUUUGAGUGGGGCGUGAUGCGCGUCACUUUUGAGUGGGGCGUGAUGCGCGACACUUUUGAGUGGGGCGUGAUGCGCGUCACUUUUGAGUGGGGCGUGAUAUAUAUGGGCAAGUGGCGAGUCGAGUAA